CCUGCUCGCUCCGGUCCUUCCUUCCCAGGGUUCAAUGAGCGCCGUGUGGCCCCACCCCGCGUCUCCACAGCGCUGUCCGCCUGCUCGAUGCAGGCUACCACUCUCGGAGGGGAGAUAACGCGAAAAAGAGAGAAAGGGAGGAAAAUAAUACACCCCCACGGACCGGUCGUCACCGCCUCGCAGCUUCGUGGACCGGUGGCCGGGAGAGGAGCGGCCUCCGCGGGGGGAAUGUGCUGCUACAACCAGCCCGCGUCCUAUUUUCUUCUGAAUAUGGGUUGUUUGGGCAACAGUAAGACUGAAGACCAGAGAAAUGAGGAGAAGGCACAAAGAGAAGCAAACAAAAAGAUAGAGAAACAGCUCCAAAAGGACAAACAGAUAUACAGAGCAACGCACAGACUACUACUUUUAGGAGCUGGCGAGUCGGGAAAGAGCACCAUAGUGAAACAGAUGAGGAUCUUACACGUCAAUGGAUUCAAUGCAGAAGAGAAGAAGCAGAAAAUCCAGGACAUCAAAAAUAAUAUUAAAGAAGCUAUCGAGACCAUAGUAACAGCAAUGAGCACCCUGACGCCACCGGUGAAGUUGGCGUGUCCCGAAAACCAGUACCGGAUCGAAUACGUCCUCAACCUUGUGAACCAAAAGGAUUUUGAGUUUCCUUCUGAGUUUUACGAUCAUGCAAAGACAUUGUGGCAGGAUGAAGGGGUCCGAGCGUGCUAUGAAAGAUCCAAUGAGUACCAGCUAAUCGAUUGUGCACAAUAUUUUCUAGAUAAGAUCGACAUUGUGAAACAAAAUGAUUACACUCCAACAGAUCAGGAUUUGCUUCGGUGCAGAGUACUGACAUCGGGGAUCUUUGAGACAAGAUUCCAAGUGGACAAGGUUAAUUUCCAUAUGUUCGAUGUUGGUGGUCAGAGAGAUGAACGCCGGAAAUGGAUUCAGUGUUUUAAUGAUGUAACGGCCAUUAUAUUUGUGGUGGCCAGUAGCAGUUACAACAUGGUGAUCCGAGAGGACAAUGAGACCAACCGUUUGCAGGAGGCCCUCAACCUUUUCAAGAACAUCUGGAAUAACAGGUGGCUGCGGACCAUUUCAGUCAUCUUGUUCCUAAAUAAACAGGAUCUACUUGCAGAAAAGGUGCUGGCAGGGAAGUCCAAAAUUGAGGAAUACUUCCCUGAAUUUGCUCGCUACACCACACCCGACGAUGCCACACCAGAGCCUGGGGAAGAUCCUCGUGUUACUAGGGCAAAGUACUUCAUAAGAGACGAAUUCCUGAGGAUCAGCACAGCAAGCGGGGAUGGGAGGCACUACUGUUACCCCCACUUCACCUGCGCCGUCGAUACAGAAAACAUCCGCCGCGUCUUUAACGACUGUCGAGACAUCAUCCAGCGAAUGCACCUGCGGCAGUACGAGCUGUUGUGAUGGGAGAGGAAAGGUGUUUGCCUAAAACAAAGAAAAAGACUAGAGAAAAACACUGAAUCUGAACACUGAGUCUCUGAGCUCCUCUCUCUUCCACAGAUGUGUGUGAGCUCCCGUGACAGAACAGAAAACACACGAACACACCUUGCAGUAAAACCCCCCCCUCAACCCAAAACUGCCCCUGAUGCAAACUUUUCACCUGAUGUUUAAAGAGCUAUUUUAAUUACAGGGGUUCCGGGGGACUAACAAAAAUCAAACUGAAAAACAGACUCGGAUCUCCACUUUCAGCCAUAUCCCAAGCUCCUCACCUUUCCACAUCAUGUAUUGUCUCCCGUAUGUAUUACUCCUUACCUUUCUAAGAGCCCAGAGUGUUCCAGCCUGGACUAAGUUUCCUGCACUUGUGAUUGUGGGAUUUUCCUGUUGAUGAAAACCAAGAGAGCUAAAACUUCAGUGCCACUGGUAAAGAAAUAACUGUUGAAUAACUGCAAACGUAGAAUAAAUGUGUCACAACCGAUCAGGUGAACACUGUAUUAAAAAAAAAAAAAAAAGGAAAAGAGAAAAAAAAGCACUGUGCUCAGGACUUGACUUGAACCAUGUACACCCAACCUUCCUAAAGACGUCUUUAAAUCUAACCACGAGAAAGAAACGUAUCACAGCUGCUUUUAACGGACAGCACGACUGAUGUAAACAUGGAGAUGCUCUAUUCUGUCAAUAAACGGUGGGCUUGUU